AUGGUUCUACAACUCGCAAGACCAGCUGCCCGGGCGGCCCUGCGCAAUGGGCCUCGGCAUUGCUCGGCACGCCACUUCUCAGCACAGGCAGCUCUGAGGCAGGAAAUCCGAGAUGCGUAUAUUCUGAGUGCUUCGAGGACACCGACGGCAAAGUUCAAUGGCUCUUUCCUGUCGGUAUCGGCGCCCAAGCUUGGUGCCGUGGCGAUCAAGUCCGCCCUCGAAAAGUCCAAAGUCCCAGUCGAGAAGAUUACGGAUGUGUACAUGGGGAAUGUGUUACAAGGGAACGUCGGGCAGGCCCCGGCCAGGCAAGCGGUAAUCUUUGCCGGCCUUCCGUCCACCGUAGAGGCCAUCACCAUUAACAAAGUAUGCGCAUCGGGUCUCAAAUCCGUCAUCCUCGCCGCACAGAACAUCCAGCUCGGCCUGAGCGAGGCCCAGAUUGCAGGUGGAAUGGAAAACAUGUCACAAGUACCCUACUAUGUCCCGCGAGCGAGCAGCCUGCCACCCUUUGGCCACAUCAAGAUGGAGGAUGGACUCCUCAAGGACGGCUUGACCGACGUCUACGACCAGUUCCACAUGGGUAUCUGCGCCGAGACGACGGCCAAGAAGCACGAGAUCACUCGUGAGAUGCAGGACGAAUAUGCGAUCCAGUCGUACCAGCGGGCACAAGCCGCCUGGAAGGAUAAGGCGUUUGCGGAUGAAAUUGUACCUGUGACCGUCAAGGGCAGGAAGGGCGACACCAUCAUUGAUACCGACGAGGGCUACCUCGACGUCAAGCUGGAAAAGGUGCCCACACUAAAACCCGCGUUCAUCCGCGACGGUACCGGCACCGUAACGGCUGCCAACUCCUCGACUCUGAACGACGGCGCCAGUGCUCUGGUUCUGGGCAGCAAGGCCAUUGCGCAGCAGUACGGCGCCGGGUCGAGGGUUCUGGCGAGAAUCUGCGGUUCUGCCGAUGCGGCUAUCAACCCUGUUGACUUCCCGGUCGCUCCGGCCAAGGCCGUGCCCAUCGCUUUGGAGCGCGCAGGCAUUACCAAGGACCAGGUUGCAGUAUGGGAGUUCAACGAGGCGUUCGCCGCCGUCAUCAAGGCCAACGAGAAGAUCCUCGGCCUGGAAAAUGCUCGGGUCAACCCCUUGGGAGGUGCCAUUUCGCUAGGCCACGCCUUGGGUAGCUCUGGCUCGCGUAUCUUGACCACGCUGCUUCACCAACUCAAGCCCGGCGAGUACGGUGUUGCUGCCAUUUGCAACGGAGGUGGUGCUGCGACGGCGCUGGUGGUACAGCGUGUCGAGUCUGUAUGA